AUGUCUAAAAGCAAUGGAGAAGAGCCCAAGGUGGGGGGAAGGAUGGAGAGGAUCCAGCAGGGAGUCCGUAAACGCACGCUCCUGGCCAAGAAGAAAGUGCAGAACAUCACAAAGGAGGAUGUUAAAAAUUACUUAUUUCGGAAUGCUUUUGUGCUCCUCACGGUCACCGCUGUCAUUGUGGGUACAAUACUUGGAUUUGCCCUCCGACCAUAUAAAAUGAGCUACCGGGAAGUAAAGUACUUCUCCUUUCCUGGGGAACUUCUGAUGAGGAUGUUACAGAUGUUGGUGUUACCACUUAUCAUCUCCAGUCUUGUCACAGGAAUGGCGGCCCUAGAUAGUAAGGCAUCAGGGAAGAUGGGAGUGCGAGCUGUAGUCUAUUAUAUGACUACGACCAUCAUUGCCGUGGUGAUUGGCAUAGUCAUUGUCAUCAUCGUCCAUCCUGGGAAGGGCACAAAGGAAAACAUGCACAGAGAAGGCAAAAUUGUAGAAGUGACAGCUGCAGACGCCUUUCUGGACUUGAUCAGGAACAUGUUCCCUCCAAAUCUGGUGGAAGCUUGCUUUAAACAGUUUAAAACCAACUAUGAGAAGAGAAGCUUUACAGUGCCCGUCCAGACCAACGAAACACUCGUGGGCGCCGUGAUAAACAAUGUGUCAGAAGCCAUGGAGACCCUUACGCGAAUCACAGAAGAGCUGGUCCCAGUUCCGGGAUCUGUGAACGGGGUCAAUGCCUUGGGACUCGUUGUCUUCUCCAUGUGCUUUGGUUUUGUGAUUGGAAACAUGAAGGAACAGGGGCAAGCCCUGAGAGACUUCUUUGAUUCUCUUAAUGAAGCCAUCAUGAGAUUGGUAGCCGUGAUAAUGUGGUACGCUCCUCUUGGCAUUCUCUUCCUGAUUGCAGGGAAAAUCGUUGAGAUGGAAGACAUGGGAGUAAUUGGGGGGCAGCUCGCCAUGUACACAGUGACCGUCAUCGUGGGCCUACUCAUUCAUGCGGUCAUUGUCCUUCCCCUCCUCUUCUUCUUGGUAACACGUAAAAACCCUUGGGUUUUUAUUGGAGGGUUGCUGCAAGCACUUAUCACAGCUCUGGGAACCUCCUCAAGUUCCGCCACCCUACCCAUCACCUUCAAGUGUCUGGAAGAGAACAAUGGCGUGGACAAACGGGUCACCAGAUUCGUGCUCCCAGUGGGGGCUACCAUUAACAUGGAUGGGACCGCCCUGUAUGAAGCUUUGGCAGCCAUUUUCAUUGCUCAAGUUAACAACUUUGAACUGAACUUUGGACAGAUUAUUACGAUCAGCAUUACAGCCACGGCUGCCAGCAUCGGAGCCGCUGGGAUUCCGCAGGCGGGUCUGGUCACCAUGGUCAUCGUGCUGACAUCUGUGGGCCUGCCCACUGACGACAUCACGCUCAUCAUCGCUGUGGACUGGUUCCUGGACCGCCUCCGUACAACGACCAAUGUGCUGGGAGACUCCCUCGGAGCUGGGAUUGUCGAGCACCUGUCACGACAUGAACUGAAGAAUCAAGAUGCCGAAAUGGGUAACUCAGUGAUUGAAGAGAACGAAAUGAAGAAAUCGUAUCAGCUGAUUGCUCAGGAAAAUGAAACUGAGAAACCCACUGACAGUGAAACCAAGAUGUAGACUAAUAUAAAGAAAUGUUUUCUUGAGCACCAGGUGUUUGAAAACCAUCAUAAUAUUUCCUUCCCACUAAAACUCAGUUUUCAACAGUAAGCCCCUUAUUUUGUUUUCCUCCCUACACUGAUAGUAUUGGCCAUACACAUCCAAAAGUGAGGGAGAAUUUUUCAGUGGCUAAAUGUAUGGUUUUCGUAACUACCUUUCAAAAUUUUAAAUCAUUUCAUGUCAGUCUUGCAUAAUAAGGUACUGAGAUCAAAAAUAUUCUUGAUCAGUUUAUGUGGCACACAAUCCUGUAAAUGUGAUUUUUUUUGUAAGUUAAAGAAUCAAAUAGUAGGCAAAAAAAAAACACAACAUGUUUUUAAAUCAGGUUUUGAAGUUUAAAAAUCCUUCAAAACACAAUUCCAUUUUAGUCUUGAUGCAUAACAACUUGAGAAACUACAAUCAGUUAUUAGUUGAACAGUAGAAGGGUUUUUUCCCUUUCUAUUCUGACUUGUGUCCUUAUUUUAUUAGUAGCAGGAUAAUACAUAUACACACCUAGCACAGUGGUGAGGAGGGACAUAAAGUGAAAUUUCCGUGUGACCUUGAGCAAGUCACUUCUCAUAUUUAGGCCUCAAUGUCCUCAUCUGUAAAAUGGUUGAGUUCCUAAAUGCCUUUACAGUCUCCUCUAGUUUGAACAUCCUGUGACAUUAUGAAAAGUCCUUGCCCUCUGUUACCCUCAGAACAUCCUGUAGCAAGUAUAAUUCCUCAGAACAUGGGGCUUUCAGAAACAACAUUUUUUGGGGAGUGAACAUUUCUAACCAAGGGCAGGAUGGUUGUGUAGUUUACCAGGUCCAUUCCAGAAUGUCAGUUUCACAAGUCACAGUCACCAGGCAAAAUAACUCAUAAAACCCUUCGAAGUAUCCACUUCUUUCCUACUCGUCCUAAACUGAAGGGACUGCUCUGGGGAGGAGGUCUUCUCAACUGACAAUAGAUUUUUAGAAAAUAACACAUGAGACUAGCAAGGGUGCUCAUGGACUUGCUAUGGAACACUGUAAAGAGCCCGCUAGGAAAGAAAAUAGCACAGUUGGCAAUAUUGAAGAGAGGAUUUUAAAGCACUGAUGUUAUAUGCCUUCUUGAAGGAAGAAUAAAAAAAGGAGAGUUUUUGUUUGUUUGUUUUAAAUACCCAAAACACUAUUUCUCUUCGGUUCAAAAUCAUUCCCCAAGGAAAGGAAG